AUGCAAACGUCUCACUUCUCCAGACCUUCGCCGCGAGGUGAUUGCGUUGUAUAUCUGCGGGAAACGGGCAUCUGCAAGCAAAAUCUGCUCCGACGAGGACCGGCAAUUGCCAAUACAACAGCCGCCUUCCACCACACCAAAGUCACAUCGCUACGAUGGUCCGAGGAUGGAUCGCAAGUCCUCAUCGUCUCGGAUCGCGGAGUAAAGGUGAUUGACGUGGGAAUCCUGCUCGACACGGCGCUGCUCAACAAUGGCAGCGGCGGUCUGGGUAAAAUCGUCUCGGCGGAUUUCGUGGGAAAUGAACAUUUGCUCGCAGUCUGGGAGUUUGGCAAGACGAAAUUGUGGCAUGUUUUGAGUGGGAAAGCUGUGGACUUACCAGAUCUCAAGACGAUUUGCGAAGGACGGGCGUGGCAGACGAGACCUGGUGCUGUUAAUGGAGAACUGCGACUGUUCGCCAUGCUGCAUAGAAUGGGCGCUGAAGACCAUCUCGGUUUGAACUUUUCCUCUCUGACGCAUGCUCUGCCGCUCAUCAAGCUCCCCACGAACGAUGCGCAAUCCCUUUCUUGGUCACCAGAUGGGAGGUGGCUGGCGAUUUUGGAUGUUCCAACAGCAAGUCCUUGCUUGCACAUCUUCACUCCGGACGGUCAUGUUUUCCGAUCAUACCCUUCGGCGAAGAACACUGAUGCUGGACUUGGUAUCAAGCACAUGGUCUGGUCUUCUGAUGGUCUUCUGCUGGCGCUGUCCAAGUUCGACGGCCGGGUCGAGCUUCUAAACACCAAGACGUUCACGCCUCUCGCGGUGAUUGAGCAUAGUACUACGAUUGAUCAGAAAUCACUCCCCGUGGAGUAUCAAGCGCGAGUCUGGCAGCAAGUCGUCUCGGCGGCAGCUGUACGCACCUACACGGAACCGCCACAGCCCAUCUCGCCUCCCUUGUCUCGAGCAAAGCCUACCACGGAGCCAAAUGAGCUCGGUGUUGCAGAGCUCUGUUUCAGCUGCGACGGCCGCUUUCUCGCGACUCGAGACUGUCGAAUGUUGAACACGAUCUGGGUAUGGGAAGUCUCAACACUUGUCGCACAUUCGGUAAUCAUGCAGCAUGGCAAUGUCCGCAAGCUGCUCUGGCAUCCCACUGAGCCAUCCCUUCUGCUCAUAGAUUGCGCAGAGGGAAUCGCGACAGUGUAUGAUGUAUCCACCGCAGAAGAACCAAGAAUGUUCUMAACAGCCGCAAGACCGCUGGCAAGAUUAUCGUGGAUCGCAACGCCGCGAGGCGGCAAGACGACGAUCAUGGCGACUGAGAAGACAGCCUUCAAGCUCAUUUUCCCGGAUGGUCAGGAUGAGAGCGAUGUUCAGGAGCCCUCUCCAACCACCAGCGGUGCGGUGUUCGACGAAGGAGCAAGCGAAGACUCACUCUUCGAUGUCCUGUCUGGUCGGAAACCACUUCCGCCGAAAACCAAUCCUUCAUAUACAGAGAUGAUGGAUCUGGACAUGGAAGCGGAAGACACGGUCGAUGACGAGCAGUUGGAAGACACCUUCCGGGAGAAGCGCAAAGCAGCACUGAGCGAUCCUCUCGAUGAUAGCGAAUUCUUCUGA